AUGGCAAUAGCAUCUCUUGAACGGAAUGGCUGCGGCAAUCCCAGGUUCCGGGGUUGUACCAGUAUUCGUGACUUUGAAUUCCUAGGAAAGCUUGGUGAGGGUACCUUUGGGGAGGUCUACAAGGCCCGUUCCAAAAAAGAUGGAUCUCUCGUUGCGCUCAAAAAGAUUCUCAUGCACAAUGAGAAAGACGGAUUUCCUAUCACCGCCCUUCGUGAAAUCAAAUUAUUGAAAAUGCUAUCACACCGCAACAUUCUACAGCUCAGGGAGAUGGCCGUGGAGCGUAGCAAAGGCGAGGGCCGCAAAAAGCCAAGUAUGUACAUGGUAACACCCUACAUGGAGCAUGAUCUUUCUGGGCUACUGGAGAAUCCAGCAGUUCACUUUACUGAACCUCAAAUAAAAUGCUAUAUGCUCCAGCUCCUUGAGGGGCUUCAAUACCUGCAUGAAAACCGUAUCCUGCAUCGUGACAUGAAAGCUGCCAACUUGUUAAUCAAUAACAAGGGUGUUCUUCAAAUAGCAGAUUUUGGGUUGGCUCGACCAUUUGACGAGCCUCCUCCUCAACCUGGAAAAGGUGGGGGCGAGGCUACAAGGGACUAUACUACGUUAGUUGUCACACGAUGGUAUCGCCCCCCGGAACUCCUGCUGCAGCUUCGACGCUAUACAACUGCCAUCGAUAUGUGGGGUGUCGGGUGUGUGUUUGGUGAGAUGUUCAAGGGAAAGCCAAUUCUUGCUGGGAGUAGUGACCUCAACCAAGCCCAGCUGAUAUUCAAUCUCGUCGGUUCACCUACAGAAGAGAAUAUGCCGGGGUGGAGCUCUUUACCUGGCUGUGAAGGUGUCAAAAGCUUCGCCUAUAAAGCAGGCAACUUGCGUGAGGUAUUCAAAGAUCUGAACCCAAUGGCAAUCUCUCUCCUCAGCGAGCUUUUGAAACUCGAUUGGCGGAAGAGAAUCAAUGCGAACGAUGCGUUAAAACAUCCCUACUUUUCCAGUCCUCCGUUUCCAGCGCGACCUAGUGAGCUACCCACCUUCGCUGAUUCCCAUGAGUUUGACAAAAGGCGAUUACGCGGCCAACAAGGUCCUAUACCUCCGGCUCCUACGGGAGGCUCGGUUGGCAUGGACCCUAACGGAGGCUGGGCGACGCUUUCCGGUCUUAGAACGUCGAGAUCAAUGACGGACCAUAGGAACAAUCGCUAUUCAAGUACUACUCGAUCUGACAGGUCGCGACCACAUGCCCAUCCAGACUAUCCUAGAAAACGCUUCUUCGAUGGUCGAAACACCGAAGCAUCUAUUGCUCAUGUGACGGAUGAAUCAACCGCAUCUAAAGAAGGCGGGUUGCCACCUAAGCCUCCAGCACCUGCUCAUCAGGCCUGGGCGACUGGCCAUCCAAACAGAACGACACGCGAAAACAAUCAGCACAACCGCUCCGGGGGGCGUCCUGAAGGCCAAGCGGAUUCCUACAUCCCGCAUUACAGCAAUAUGAACCGCACUCGAGAAAGGGCAGGAAAUAGUCCUACCUCAAUUGACCGGCGCGACUUUGACCAUGAGCAACCACAUGAGUCACUCAAAUGGGAUCAAGGUCGGAAUCAACACGCGUCGAGGAAACGAAGCCGGAGCCCGGACUCCAGAUCGGCGCGAACUGAAAACCGGAUGCCUUAUCGACGAUGA